GAUUUAGUGAUAAUUUAGGCUCUUACGACACGGCAGAAAUAUUUGUCGGCUGAUAAGAAACUAUGUUGAAGAGUUGUUAUAAAUAGCCCGGGGUUGGAUAUCUCACAUCUGUGAACGAAAAGCAAACCUUGAAAAACUAUCGAUAUGCGACAAUAUGCUGUUCCCUAUUGCAACUGAUGAAACUGAUUCGUAGACCCGAGGAUCGUCACUCACCAUGCAGGGUAAAUCGUUCAGCAAUAAUGGUGUUUCAAAUGACACGCGACAGUCAGCUUGAGAUUACAGUCAGUAACAAUAUUAGUAAAUAUUUCUUCUGGCCAUCUUACGGCGUUUCACAGAAGUGCUGUUUUGUUUGGAUUGUAUUGCUUUUGAUGUCUUUUCCAACGCAAGGUAACGGUCAAAUGGAACUUGGAUACGGGGAUUUACUUUACCCUGACCGAUUGAUGUUUGCUUCAACUAAAAAACCUCCGUCGAAUGAUCCGUUACGUGAGAUUCGUGCUAUGAUCACAAGGGUUAUUAUAACAGCAGAAGAUCGAAAUCAACAACGGUUCUUUACUGUGUUCCGAGCGUCAAGACACGGCCACGUAGAAUUCGGAUUUCCGAUGCCACAUGCCAGACCAACAGGUUCGCUCGAGAUAUUUGAUGCCACAGAAAUGUCUUCAUUAUGUUGUCCUUCUGGAAUCCGAAUGGUGGCAGUCCGACACGUGUGUUCAGAUUCAUAUCUGACAGUGGACUCAUUUGGAGAAUUAAGAGCAUGUCAGCUCAGUGAUACUGGACGUGUUGCACCACUCCGAAUGCACACACAUUGCAUCGACGGAGAAAAAAUGCACACAUGCACAGAAUCUCCUUACUUUUAUCUUGAUGCUCUCUCCAAAAUUCGAUCGGGAGAGGCAUCUACAACAAAGCUGGGAUUGAAACGUUAUAAGAUACGAUUUGAAAGAAAAACUUCCACAUCUAGGAUCAAACAAGUAUUUUACGCAGACGUUGUCGGUUCUGCGUGGCAGGUUAGACUUCGUACACAGAACAGUGUAUUGCGAAGGGCCACAAUAGAAGCGGCAAAAAAACUAUGGACACGUAGUCUACAUGUUUUAUUUCGAAGGACGAUAAACUCAUAUAAAAUGCGUCGGAAGAAACGAAACUUCUGGCCACAAAAAUCGCUUUGUAAUGUUGACCCAUCUGUCGUGCGUGAUUUUAUCAUUAACAACAUUACAUUGACGCAAUUCACAGACGCAAUAGAAUCAACAUGGCGAUCAGAGCCUCUUGUGGCUGCUUUGGCCUCGACCAUUGCGUGGAGCCAAAUGAAAUCUACACACAAGGACGUAUUUGUAGUCAUCACAGUUAAAACUGUAAAGAAUUUUCUUCGUAAUGCGCUAAUGAGAGUAACAGAACUGCAUUGUCUAAUCAAUACACAAUGGGGUCGCUUGUCGAACGAGAAUAAACUAAAACAUCUAGAAAAAAGUUUAACAAUAUCAUGGAUCCAGAGACGAUCUGAGGCUAGACAGCUUGUCAUUAGCGCAAUGGAAAAAACGAUAGAUUCGAAGCUAACUACUUUUUUAAUUCAAGAGAACGGCUAAGACAGUUUGGUUAAAUUUGUGUUAUAUGAUCCAAAGGCAAAAGUAACUUGCAUAAUUCCAUGUUUUUAUAAAAACCAAGAUUGGGUAAUUUUGAAUAGUACAACGAAAACGACAUUUAGCAAUAAUUCAUACCAAAUACUUAAUCGAUGUGAGUAAUAGAUUCUUUCGAUAUUGCUAUUUCAGUUAAAUUUGUCAUUCACGUUUCAUUGUUUUGUUUAUAGUGUACAAAUGAAUUUAAACAACGAGUACUAGUCAAUGGUAGAACGACUCAUACAUUUACAUAGUUUGCAUAAAAUUUGGAAAGUUUAUAAAAUUAGUAAAGUAUCUUUCAAAUGUGUCUGUUUUCAUGAUUUUCGCUAUUGUACAGAUGAAGUAUGUUUGAUAAUCAAUGUUUGUAGUUAAUUGCUAAUUAAUCGAUCCUUUAAUUAUAUACAUAUAGAAAGUAAUUCAAGUAUAAGUAUUUGAGGUUAUAAUAUCAUUUUAUGUCUUUCAUUUUCAUUCAUUUUUUCUUUACACCAGUAUCAGCAUCAACAGUGUUCCAGUCUCUUUGUUACCAGCAUAUAUCACCAUUUAGUUAAAGAUUAUUGCUCAAUAUUUUAAAUUAUUUUCGUAGUUUUCAUCGUUUUUAACUUUGCUAGCCGACCAAUAUUUUUAUUCCCGAGCUUAUGUCUUUUAGACUAGUUUUAAUGUUAUUUUAUUACAAACAAUUGAACAAAUAAUUUAGUAAUGUAACAUAAAUACAAUUAAUUUUCACGAAAUUUUACUCGGUUUUUGAUUUGUCAUGAACUGGGCGAAAUUUUAAUUCAGAGAGCUAAUUAUUGCACGUGUACUGUUUUUGCGCACAGCAACCAUAUUCACCACGAUUUUUCCGACCUUUCCCAAGAAAUAUUAUCACAAUUACAAAAUAUUAUGUAUCUUUCAUAUCAAAAUUGCUACAAAUUAUUGUUG